AAAGGGAUAAAAAGCCCAUUAAUGACUAGUUUAUUAGAUAUCGAAACCAAAUACGACGUCGUUCUUUGAAUAUGACUCCCAGUUAGGUCGUUUUUCCGGUCGCAGACUAGAGUUUCGUUCACCGGAGAAGAUGGAGGCAGGCGAAGCGAAGAGCAAGAAAGCAGGAGGGUCUCGUCUCUGCUGCAUCUGCAACCAGAGACGACCCGUCCUCAAACGACCCAAAACCCUUCAACAGAUAUGCAGAGAGUGUUUCUAUGAGGUUUUUGAGGAAGAGAUUCACCAAGUCAUUGUUGGGAAUCGUUUAUUUAAGUCCGGUGAGCGAGUUGCUAUAGGUGCUUCCGGUGGAAAAGAUUCGACAGUGCUGGCAUAUGUAUUAUCAGAACUAAAUAGACGUCACAAUUACGGGCUGGAUCUUUUUCUUUUGUCUGUUGAUGAAGGGAUAACGGGUUAUCGUGAUGAUUCUCUCGAGACUGUUAAAAGGAACGAAGUUCAAUAUGGAUUGCCUCUUCAGAUUGUUUCAUACAAAGAUCUGUAUGGAUGGACAAUGGACGAGAUUGUGAAGAUGAUCGGUUUGAAGAACAAUUGCACCUUUUGUGGUGUAUUUCGUAGACAGGCACUUGAUCGAGGAGCUGCAUUAUUGAAAGUAGAUAAGCUAGUCACUGGACAUAACGCAGAUGAUAUAGCAGAAACAGUUCUCUUAAACAUACUGCGAGGGGAUAUUGCUAGAUUGAGUAGGUGCACAUCAAUCACUACUGGCGAAGAUGGUCCAAUUCCAAGAUGUAAACCUUUCAAAUAUACAUACGAGAAGGAGAUUGUCAUGUAUGCUUAUUUCAAGAAGCUGGACUACUUCUCCACCGAAUGCAUAUACUCUCCUAAUGCUUAUCGUGGGUUCGCUCGUGAGUUCAUCAAAGACUUGGAAAGACCAAGACCAAGGGCUAUUCUGGAUAUCAUCAAAUCUGGUGAAGACUUCAGAAUUGCGACAACCACGAAAAUGCCUGAGCAAGGGACGUGUGAGCGAUGUGGGUAUAUUUCUAGCCAGAAAUGGUGCAAAGCUUGUGUUUUGUUGGAGGGAUUGAACCGUGGUUUACCUAAGAUGGGCAUUGGAAGACCACGAGGAAGCGGAAAUGAUCAGAAGGACACAAAGGCUAGGUCUACUGCAAAAUCUAUAGAGAGCAAACAAUGUGGAUCUCUGGAUUUCUAAACUAAAAGAAAAAAACCAAAGCUAUGAGACUGCAAUGGAUGAUGUGACAAUUGCCAAACUGGUUCUGUAUAGAAACUGUUAUACUUAUAUGCCCAUAGUUGUAGAAUUUGUCCUACUAAAGAAUUUUUAGUUUUGCCUCUUAUGGCACAGAAGUUUUUGCA